AUGCGCAUCUCAAACACGGCAAGCAUCGCCAGCAAGGCCAUAGUCUUCGCCAGUCUGGCGAGUGCCGCCACCACCAACCCAAACGCAAAGGGAGCAUGCCAACCUCCCGAAGGCGGUCCGAACGCCUGUGGUCCCAACGGCUCCCAGGAAUGGCUCAACAGGGGCGUCAGGGGCAAUGGCUGGAACCCCCCCCUCUUGGACGUCAGGAACAUCACGCACGUUCCCCUGAAGGCCUUCUACAAAGGCAUCGGGGCCGACUGUGAAAAGUACGACCGCUUCUUCAAGAUCUCGGGCAUGAAGUACGACAUCAACCCUGCCAUCCUGGCCUUCAUCGCCUGGCAGGAAUCUUUUUGCAAGGCUGACGCCACCGGCCCGGCGCCCGGACUCUUCCAAUGCGACCCGAGCAAUUGUCAAAACGGCAAGAAAAACUGCCAGUACCCCAUCAUGGAGAACUCCGACUGCGGUGCCCAUGUCUUGCGCGUGGCCUUGAAUCGUGCCGAGGGCAACAUCAUCUAUGCACUGGGCUUGUAUAAUGGGUGGUUCACGGCUGGCGAUAGGACCGGCCUCAACGGCGGAAAAGGCCUGACGGAGAACUACCCCUGCUCCGAGGAGGGAAAGGUGUAUCGCGUCCCUUUGGAUUUGAACUAUCUUCACAAUAUGCUGAAUGGGUGGUUCCAGGGAUACGAUAUGCGGAGCGAGGACACGUAUACCGGUGGAACGUAUUACUGUCACUAA